CAAAGGCAUAGGGGUCCUGAAACUGUGUACGAGGUUAGCGUUUCGAGUCUUUCGACAGGAAAAUUGAAUUAUGGAAUCCAGCAGAGAAGCCAGACGACGUCGUAUUUUGGAGAGAGGGUCCGACCGUUUAGCUCUCAUCACCGGUCGCAUCCAAACCCUGCCAUCUCCUUCAUCGUCGCCCGCCUCAUCACCACGACGAUCCGAUCAAGAUCCCCGAUAUCCUCUCCCUAGUCCAAGCUCCGUGCCUCCCCAUGGCAAGGAUAGCUUUCGUCCUACGAUGUCAAAAAGUGAUUCCAGCACUGAAACAGGCCAUAUGAAUGCCUAUAAUGGUGGAAGUGGAGUAGAACCUCACUUACGCCAUCCUGACACAAGCAAUGAAGCCUCAAAAGCUCCUGCUUUGGGACUCAAUGAAACCUCAGAAGCUCCGGCUUUGGGACUUGAUGAAACCUCAAAAGCUCCUGCUUUGGAAACCAAUCUCAUAAAGGAGUCACCUGUGGGCUCAUCAACCAUUCAAACCUCAUCUGUUUCUACUGCUGACACACACCAACAGUCUGAACCACAUACCCAUCAGCAUAGAUUUUUCACACCAGCUCAAAUAAGUUCUGCUGUUGCAGCUUCAGAGAGCACCCGUAUUCUGUGUUCAGUGGCAGCAGCCCUCUUAGUAGUUCUAUCAAAUUUAGGAUUUCCUGGGUUGGGCAGCAACAUCAUAAAGAGCAUCACAGCCACCAGGCCACUGUAUCUACUUUUGCUGGCCAAUCUAACGGUGGUGCUUGCACGGCUUCUUUCUGAUAAGCAAGGAGGUUCAAAUAGGGCAGGGAAAGUAGUUAAUAAGGCUCCUUUGGAAAGCGGAAAUGGUUGGGCUGACCAAGUAAGUAGGGCUUUGGAGGCAAGUUUGUUGUUGCAGAAGGUGGUCGAUUCAGUUUUCAUGGAUUGCAGUUUCUACGCAGUAGUUGUCAUUUGUGGCCUCUGCCUAAGAAACUUAUUCAGCUUCUAAAUGCUCUUCUGAUUUUGCUUUUACAGAUUUACCAGUUCGGUGAACUUGUUUAACUCUUCCUGGAAUGUAAUUUUUUCCCCUUCAGUUGCUGAAUUUGAUAUUUUAGCAUGGUAUAUUUCAUGAGUUCACAAAAGAAAUUGUUUAGCAUA